UUUGUCUGUCCCUUUUGUCAGAGUGAUAGUGAAUAUAUGGCAGGUCAACUUUCAGCCUUUGGCUAUUCAUUAACUGAUAAUCCUGAGGAAGGAGACCUGUGGCUGAUAAACACAUGCACAGUAAAAUCCCCAAGUCAGUCAGCCAUGAACACACUAAUAACAAAGUGUAAAGAAGCAAAAAAGCCACUGGUAGUGGCUGGAUGUGUGCCUCAAGGAAGUAGAGAUAUUAAAGAGCUAGAAGGGGUUAGUAUAGUUGGAGUCCAGCAAAUUGACCGUGUAGUUGAAGUUGUAGAAGAAACUCUGAAAGGUCAUGAGGUUCGGCUUUUGACCCGCAAGACUUUGCCAGCUCUAGACCUCCCAAAGUUCACAUAUCACAAUUCUAUCCUAGACCUGGGACACCUGCCGCAAGGAUGAAAAAGGUUCCCAGUACAAUAGUGAAGAAAAGAAGUCGUGAAUUAACUUCUGUUUUUGAAGCUUUUACCCCAUAUGAUGUAAUGGAGGGCAGAGUUGAAAGAAUAUGGAUAACUGAAUUUGCAACUGAUGGAAUUCACUUGGUUGGCCAUACCAAGGGAUACAUUCAGGUCCUCGUGAUUGGUCCAGAAAGUAUGCUGGGAACUUCAGCUAUUGUGAAGAUAACGUCUGUAGGAAGAUGGUCAGUUUUUGGAGAAGUGAUUGAGACUCUAAACCAAACAACCGAAGGAACAGUUCCAUUGAAGAGGAAAUCUAAUCAGGAAAACUCUUCUGCCUGUUGCAAUUCAUAUGACAGCUGUGCAUGUUUGAACGAACAAGAACCUUGUUCUUGUGGACCAGAUAGCUGUGGAGCACAACUUACUUCUGGAAAAGGCACAGUUUCCAAGAAUGAUGACAGGAUCGAAGAUAUAAACAGCAAGAAUUUGAUUGGAUGGUUGGUGAGGAGGCGGAAAAGUCAUCUACACAAAACACAAGAGAGUGGAAUUGGCCCACGGCUGAAGAAAAGCCAAGUCUGGUGCCUAGGAAGCUUGGGUGAGUGGGGAAUUAUUGGUAAGGUUCUUCUUGGUGGAGUGUUUGUCAGCUUUUUGAUGGUUGUUGCAGUUGUGGUACGUCUUGGGUUCAGGAUCAUAUCUUCAAAUGAAUCAUAAACAGCUCUUUUGUUUGAAUUGAAGGAAUUCAGUAAGAACAUGAU